GGACGCUUUCGUUUAAGCCCAUUCAUCAGAAGGGUGACUUGUGUGCUGUGCUGUAAGCGAGGACUUGUACAGAGAGUCAAGGGGAAGGAAGGAACAGAGCAAAAGUCUCCCAGCGAUCUACUUAGUGAUCGUCUCUCCCAUUCUGUCGCUUUCAUCUCAUCCCGUCGCAUUUCGUCAUAAGGGAAGUGGCUCUUUUGGAGUCCGCCAAAACCACAUGUAUGACUUCAGACGUUUGCAGGAUAUAUGCACGCUCAGACAGGGGUCUUGGAUACAAGCCAUACUUGGACUUGUCGGUGUGAAUUAGCAGUUUGUUUCUGACAUCGACAAUUAGACAAGAAGGCGAUGUGGUGUAUGAAUAGACUCAUUUGUGUGGCUGUAAAGCUGUGAGUUUGAGUGGAUAAUUUGAGAAUUUGUCUACAGGAUUUCCUUUCACGGAUACCAGUUCUGACUGCAUUUGUUUAUUGAUUAUAUUUUUAUUUUUUGUUUAUUUAAUUUUUUGAACCAUGGAACUAAUGGGCAAAGCGAUGUUCGAUUCUUUGCAUGCAUGCACCUUUUGAUAAAGGAAGUGGUGCUUUUUUCCCCUCUUCCUACAAAUGUGUUUGCAUAUUUGACCUUUUUGGAUGGAGAGUGGGCAGGCAUCUACUUUUUCAUGUUAAUUUGUUUUUGCAUUAAUUGAGUGGCGAUAUUUUGAGACUGGCAUGCUUUUGAAGCCAACCGUACCGGGACUGUGCGCAAUGUUGCAGACAAUUUAUGAGACCGAGUCCUGCUUCUCUUCAGACAGCACAUCCAGCAGAGAGCGACACGUGGAGUUGCUUUCUCAGUCCAGAAGCACCAGCAUGCCCAGCACUGCAGUGGAUGUGAAGACCUUGUUACCUUCUGGGAUGCAGAGCCCUGUGGGAGGUGGAGGAGAUCAGGUUGGAGGUAGCGGAGGGGCAGUGGACCUGCGUACAGACCCGCGUCUGAGCACACUAAGCACCGUGGACCCGACGCUGAGGGAAAAACAGCUACAGCACGAGCUGCUCUUGUUGAAACAACAACAAGAGCUCCAGAAACAGCUGCUGUUCGCCGAGUUCCAGAAGCAGCACGAGGUUUUGACCCGCCAACAUGAAGUGCAGCUACAGGAACAUCUUAAGCAACAGCAGGAGAUCCUUGCCGCAAAGCGUCAGCAGGAGCUGGAGCAGAAGAUGAAGUUGGAACAGCAGCGUCAUGAAGAGAUGGAGAAGCAGAGACUGGAGCAACAGCUCAUCAUGCUACGUAACAAAGAGAAGGGCAAAGAGAGUGCCAUCGCCAGUACUGAAGUCAAACUGAAGCUGCAGGAGUUCCUGUUGAACAAAAAGGAACCUGGCCCUGGUGGACUAAACCAUUCCUUCUCCCAGAAGUGCUGGGGGGCUCACCAUGCGUCCUUGGAGCAGAGCUCCCCUCCACAGAGCAACACACCGGGCACGCCACCCUCCUACAAACUCCCCCCACUGUUAGGGUCCUAUGAGGGCAAGGAUGACUUCCCUCUCCGUAAGACCGCCUCUGAGCCCAAUCUGAAGGUACGUUCACGGUUAAAACAGAAGGUCGCUGAGAGGAGGAGCAGCCCACUUCUUAGACGGAAAGAUGGUACUGUGAUUAGCACCUUCAAGAAAAGGGCGAUUGAGAUCUCAGUGUCCUCUAUGUGCAGCAGUGCUCCUGGCUCGGGUCCCAGUUCUCCGAACAGCUCUAACUGUGCCAUUGCCGAGAAUGGCUCCAGUGGAUCCGUCCCAAACAUCCACGCUGAGCAGUUGCGUUCUCUGCAUCAGUCUUUGACUGGAGAUGGGACACCGAGUCCCCUUAGCCUCUACACCUCUCCCUCUCUGCCCAACAUCUCUCUUGGACUGCCGGCCAAUGCGCACAUCACGGCUCCUCAGAAACUCAGUGCCCAGCAGGAGGCAGAGCUGCAAGCAAUCCAGAGUUUGCGUCAAGGUGGGGCACUAACAGGCAAGUUCAUCAGCACAUCGUCCCUGCCGACGUGCCUUCCCACUGGGGCACCCCAUGACCCCGAGCCCCCUUCCACUUCUAAUAGCCACAGUAGCCAUUCCUCGCUGCUCCAGCACGUCCUACUGUUGGAGCAGGCUCGUCAACAGAGUGCAAUUCUCGCAGUUCCUAUGUACGGACAAUCUCCGCUGGUAACGGGUGAGCGAGUGACCAGCAACAUGCGUACAGUGAAUAAGUUGCCUAGGCACCGGCCACUGAGCCGUACACAAUCAGCACCCCUGCCUCAAACACCACAGGCCCUGCAGCACCUCGUAAUGCAACAGCAGCACCAGCACUUCCUUGAGAAACAGAAACACUACCAGCUAAAUAAGAUCCUCACAAAAGGGGUGGAGCUUCCACGGCAGCCUCCCACGCACCCUGAGGAGACUGAGGAGGAGCUUACAGAAACCGCAGAGAUGCAGGACGAGCGAGGGGAGGGGCUUGAUCAUGUAUGGGAGGGGCUACAGAAAGAGAGCUCUGGUGAGACCACACCCCCUUCUGAGCGUCUGGUACAGUUGAAGGGAGAAAGCACAGAAAGUGACUUGGAGGAUGAUGAUGAUGAUGAUGAAGCAAUUGAACUGAGGGAAUGUGAUGAAGAGGGCACCCCCUAUGGCCAGUAUUUGGACCAGCAGCAUGUGCAGCAACUGAAUGUGUUCCAGGCCUCUCUGUCCAUCACAGGAAUGCCCCACAGACCUCUGGGAAGGGCACAAUCGUCCCCCGUCACUUCUUGUCAUAAAGGAGCACCCUUGAAUGAGGUGCCCAUUAAGCAUCUCUUCACAACAGGGCUGGUGUACGACACCUUCAUGCUAAAGCACCAGUGCAUAUGUGGGAACACAAACAUCCAUCCCGAACAUGCCGGUCGCAUUCAGAGUGUUUGGUCCAGGCUACAGGAAACAGGGCUGCUUGGUCGCUGUGAGAGGAUCAGAGGAAGGAAGGCCACACUAGAUGAAAUCCAAACAGUGCAUUCAGAGUACCACACGCUGCUCUACGGCACCAGUCCACUGAACCGACAGAAGCUGGACAGCAAGAAACUUUUAGGUCCAAUAAGUCAAAAAAUGUAUGCUGUCCUACCGUGUGGAGGUAUUGGGGUGGACAGUGACACAGUGUGGAACGAGAUGCACUCGUCAGGAGCCGUCCGGAUGGCGGUGGGCUGCGUCAUUGAGCUGGCAUUCAAAGUUGCUGCCGGAGAGCUGAAGAACGGGUUUGCGGUGGUCCGUCCUCCUGGUCAUCAUGCUGAGGAAUCAACUGCCAUGGGUUUCUGUUUCUUCAACUCAGUGGCCAUCACUGCCAAACUGCUGCAGCAAAAACUCGGGGUGGGCAAGAUCCUAAUUAUAGACUGGGAUAUUCACCAUGGAAACGGGACCCAGCAGGCUUUCUAUAAUGACCCCAAUGUGCUGUACAUUUCCCUGCACCGUUAUGACGAUGGCAACUUUUUCCCAGGCAGCGGAGCUCCUGAGGAGGUGGGUGUAGGUCCAGGAGAGGGCUUUAAUGUCAACAUUGCCUGGACAGGUGGAGUGGAGCCACCUAUGGGUGAUGUGGAGUAUCUAACUGCCUUCAGGACGGUGGUGAUGCCCAUAGCCAAUGAGUUCUCCCCGGAUGUAGUGCUAGUGUCAGCUGGUUUUGAUGCUGUGGAGGGCCACCAGUCCCCCCUGGGUGGAUAUAAUGUGACCGCCAAAUGUUUCGGUCAUCUCACUAAGCAGUUGAUGAAGCUGGCUGGCGGCCGUGUGGUUUUGGCGCUGGAAGGAGGUCACGACCUCACCGCCAUCUGUGACGCAUCCGAGUCCUGCGUGGCUGCAUUGCUCGGAGACGAGUUGGAUCCUGUACCACUGACAGUGCUUCAACAGAAACCGUGUCCAAAAGCCACAGCCUCUCUGGAGAGGGUCAUUGAGAUUCAGAGUAAACACUGGACGUCAGUGCAGAGGUUGGCUCCUACAGUGGGCCAGUCUCUACUGGACACUCAGAGACGGGAGAAGGACGAGGCAGACACUUUGACCGCCAUGGCCUCUCUCACUGUGGACAACGAUCAGCAAAAGGCCUCCACAGAAACCAGCAGAUCAGCAGAGGAACCCAUGGAGGAGGAGCCCGUGUUGUAGAAGAACGAGCACAGUGCAUCAAUGCUCAAACCUUCUUGUCCACACGUGCUUGGCACUGGUCACGCCUCAUGUUCCUCCUCCCAGCUCUUUGAUUGCUUCCCUCGGUCCUUCAAUCAUUUCCAGGUGCUUGACUGACACAUUCACAGCCCACCCACUUUCGCUUUUCUGAGGUUAAAGCAUAGCAAACUGUUGCCGAAAGGGGACGACAAGGCAUGAUGGGUAAUUACAGGACCACUCCAGUGAGGGUUGCGCAGCUGGACAGGCCGAACAAUGGAGUGCUCUUCAGAGAGAGGCCUUUGAUUUCAUUUUCUCAUUGUACUGAACUAAGAAGAAAAUGCAAAAAAAAAGAAGAGGAAGGGCAAAAUGUUGCGACAGCACAGGGAUGUUGUCGCUCAGAGGGCCGCGAAAAGCUUUGUUUUCUGUACAAAGGGUAAUGUACAAAGUUAAAAAAAAAAAAAAGCCAACAAGCAGCAAAAAUAUUUCGGCACAAAACACACAUAUACACUCAUUCACAAGCAACACGGUUCCCACAAGAGGAGCCUGAUGUGUCGAAACACCUUUUGCAGACAAGUAUACUCGUUUACACUGUACCGUGUCGAUUACUUGGUAUACUUGUUCAUCUGUAUAAUAGCCUGUUAUGAAAAGCACACAAACAUAUGAGAAAUAGAAGUAUAAUAUAUAUAUAUAUAUAUAUAUAUGCAAACAUAUAUAUAUAAGCAUAUAUAUGUAGUUUUGUGUGUGCUGUAUACACAUUUGAACAUACAAAAAGUAUAUAUAAAUACUUUAUAUCCCCUAUGGAACAUUUUCUUAUCAGCUGUGGUUGUACUUACAGUAAAAGAGCCUGCAGCAUUUUAUCCAGAAUGAUGGUUAGCCUUUCUUUUCUCUUAGAGAAAACAGUACUUUUUUAAAAUAUAUGGCUUUGCUAUUACAUACUCGCACAUAAACGUGAAUUAUAGCAACCCAUCCAUUUUAAGACAGAGGUGUCAAAUACCAGGAGAAGAUUUUCAAAGCGUCCGUCUCAACUUUCGGUGGAGGACGAGGAUAGACGCAUUGUGGUAAUGUCUCGAAGAAAGACUUUUUUUUCCAAGAACUUGGUGCCUUUUAUACUAAGGAAAACAUUUGACAACACCAAUACUUAAUGAAUCGUGAAUCCUCAGACUUAACUUUCAUUGAUUUGUUUGUCUUUCAAAUUGCCUUAAUUUUUUCAAACAAAACUCAUUUUAGCCAUGAACGACGGAGAGCACAAAAUGGUUACUGCCCCAGUUUCUUUCCAUUUCUCUCUUUAGGUUUCCUUUUUCUUUAGGUUUCCUUUUUUUUUUUUUUGGUGUAAAUGUUAUGUUCUUGGGUAAAAAGUUUUGAUACUUAAUAUUUUAAUGCUAAAAUAAGAACAAAUGAAAGAAAUUCAGCGAUUGUUUUAGUUAUCAGUCCUGUGCCGCAGACUAGCACACAACCUGAUUGUUUGGAAACGCUGAAGAUGUUGUGACCAACUUUCUUUACUUUAACUUCAUUUUCCUUUGUCCAUUUGUUUGUUUGGCUCCCUUACACUCUUUUAUUUGACACUUGUUUUAUUUGACGUUAUUUCUAUUGGCGAGAGAGCGUUAGCGGUGACUUUUUUUGUUUAUUAAAAAAUUUCCUUUUUUUUGUACAAAAAUGUAAAAGAAAAGAAAAAAGUCUGUAUCAGUGUUAAUUUGGUCAUCUGAUUUGAAGUAUUCUCUGAUGAGCAAUGUACAGCGUGCUACACAUAUUAUCAAUGAUGUUGAUUUAUGUCACUGUGCAGUGCAUUUGGCAUUGUCCCUUUUCAGGAUUUAAGGAUAUAUUUUCCGGCAAUAAGAGUGAAUACCACUUUCUUUGUUGAACACUAAAACACUCUGCAAACUUUUGGUUACAUUUUCGACAUCUUUUGAUAUAGCUUUUAUCCUCUGGAUACGUUUCGUUUUCCUCAGACUGAUUAGUAUUGUUCAUAACUGUUGAAAGUUAAUCGUUUAACAGCUGUAUGCUGGUUAAUCAUUUGUGCAGUCGUGGAUGAAAUGCAAUGGCUUGUUUAUGACCCUGAAAUAACAAUCCUUCAUUACAUUUUCACUGUGUGACAAAAGCGUUUCAGGGGCCAAAUUCGAUGUAAUCCACUGCGUCUUUAUUUAAUGUCACCCUCUUCCUUUAGCAGUCUGAGAGGUGACGACGUGUCUAAUGGCAAAUACUUUUUUAACGAGACUGAACCGGGCCUCGGGCAUCUUGCACUAAUAACUACACUGUAGGUCCGAACCUAAUCGCGUUUCUUUUUUUUACUUUCAGUUCUCAGACGCAAAUUACGAGGCAUUAAAAGCAGAGUGAAUUAUCUCAGCAAAUGACGUGUGAACUCUCGCCAGCGUUUUUCUUUGUGUACAUUCACCGAUGAACUGUUGAUGUUGAAACGACAGAAACUUCGCUGCGCAUUUCUUGACUCUGCUCUCUUUUGAUUUAUUUAUGUGGAGUCAGAAAUGACUAGUUGUGUUGCUUACGGAUCGAUGUUUGUCUCAUUGAGAAUCGAUGAAAAAUUGCAUAAUGUCUCUUCAACGGCCUCAUAGCCUCUGGGCAAUAACUUUAACUUUUUUAAAAGAUAUAUCACAAUAGCUAAAAAGUGAACGGCCAGUUGUGUUUUGUGUCUGUUUUUUUCGCGACAACAACAGGUCUCUGUUACGUCACCAUCUGAUAAAGUAUUUCUACAUGCUGUUUUUGCUCUGUUGGAAAACUAACGUCACUUUCAGCAGUUCAUUCUGUCUCUAACCGUUGACUUGCUUUCGUGCCAACCGCUGUCGGUUAAAGAGAAACAGGAAACACUUAGUGAAAAAUCAGGCUGACACUAGCCUCUGUACUUAGAUACUGUAAUAUACACUAAGAUAAUUUCCCUCUUCUGUGUGGCUAUGGGAUGUGCUGUCUGAAUCAGGAACUACUUUGAUCAGGUUUCGUAACGUUUAGAUGUAGAUCAUCAACCAUUUGUGCAGAGUUUCGUAUUUUCACCUUACAUGGUGGCAGUUUAUUGACCGUGCAGUUGGUGGUGAACACAUUUUCUCCUUUUCCUUUCCGUUCCUUUUAUACUUUUCUGGAUGAAUCGGAUGACCCCGAGAGGUCCCUUUUUGAGACCUAAACCUUCUCUUUGGGUGCGAGGGGUUGAGCAAUACAUAGAGAGGGGAAAUAAUCGCUCAGAUGUAAUACAGUAUGACACUUGGUAUUCUUAAACGAGGCGCUGAGGGAGAUGGUUUGUUUUCGAUGGACAUUUUCCAACAUGGUCUCUUUCGCAUUGUUCUUUACUCGAAGAAAACGACGUCAACGGCAUGAGCAGGGCCUUACGAUGGACACCGGGAAACCUCUGUAUGUGGAAAAGACAUGGACAUUCGCCGUGGAAGAUGGCUUUACUGUCUCUGACACAUAUUUUGCUAUUUGGUAAAUAUGUAUAUUUAUUGAUAAUUCAUAUGUUGUGUAUAUGUUGUGACCUCGAGGUUCAAAGAGUGCUUGUAUAUAUAUAUAUUUUUUUUUUUUUUUGAAAUAGAGGUUGUGUCUCCUUCAUUUCUUUGCUGUUCUACAUCACUUGUUGUGAUUGGGUGUUUCAAUUCGUGAGAUCUUUUGACCUUGGAUUUUUAAGAUCUUUUUUCUCUCUCGCUCUCUACUCUCCUGUCUUUCUUGUCUAUCUUCUGGUCAUAUUGAUAUGCAGAAGCUAUCUGAAAUUAUCAAAGCACAUUCCCUGAUUUAUUGUGUUCUUUCAAUGCUUUCAUGUUGCGACAAUACAAAGGUGUGUAUACUAACUGCUACACACAUGUAUAUAGGGUGCAUAUAUGUGUACACAUGUGCAAUACACGCUAUUUGAGCAAUCAAUUACUGUGACUAUUAAUCAUUAAAAAUUGCUGUCCCUUUGAA